AUGCUUUCAAUAUUUUCAAAUAUCACUUCAUCUCGUACCAAUUUUAAGUUACCACUAAAACAUCACACCACUCUUCAACUAAAAUCCAAAUUAUUAAUACUUCCAAAUGAAUUAUUGGCGGAAAUCUGUGAGAAUUUAUUACCUCAAGAUUUAUUUUCACUCUCUUCAGUGUGCAAAGAGUUAAGGAAUAUUUUAUGGUCGGAUAAAUCAAUUAUAACGCAACAAAUCUGGCGUAAUUCUCGUCAUAAAUUUUACCCUAGUCUAAAAUCUCCACCACUUAUUGGUAUGAGUGAACAACAAUAUCUCUGGCUAACGGUAUUAGCCAAGAAAUGUCAAUUUUGUGAUGAAAGCGAUGUGAACUUGCUAAAAAAAUAUUGGGAAUUUCAAAUUAUUUGUUGUGAGACUUGUUUAAAUAAACGAAUGGAAAGCCAUCAUACACUCUUGACAAAAUAUAAUAUACCCGAAGACGUGUUAUCAACUUGUUUAUGUUUAGGAGAUAAAGGAUAUUUAUUGUCGAAUAUAAAAACCGCUCAAAUUGAGUAUUCGAAAGCGAUGGAUAAAGAUAAUUGGGUUACGCAUAAACAAUUGGAAGUUAUCGCCCAAAAGUGUAGAAUUAUUUCUAUAUUGUUGGAUGAAUUUCAUUCUGAUCAUAAGCCAAUGAUCAAUUUUGACUUUAUAAAUGAAAAUGGAUCAGAAUAA